AUGAACGUAGUAGGGGGUGAAAUUAUAGGAGGGUUCCCAAUUUCAGAAUUCGGGGAUAGGUUGCGUGGUUGGGAGAUCCACGAUGCUCGGAAAAACAUCACUUACCGUAAUCCGUCCUCCCAUCCUCCCCUCAUCCUUCCAUCCUCCCCUCAUCCUUCCAUCAUCCCCUCAUCCUUCCAUCCUCCCCUCAUCCUUCUCUCAUCCUUCUCUCAUCCUCCCCUCAUCCUCCCCUCAUCCUCCCUCCCACCCUCCCCUCAUCCUCCCUCCCACCCUCCCCUCAUCCUCCCUCCCACCCUCCCCUCAUCCUCCCUCCCACCCUCCCCUCAUCCUCCUCCUCUCAUCCUCCCCCAAUCCCCUUCCAAAUAA